AUGUCCUCGUCUUCAGCCUCAGUAGCAACAUACACCAACGGUACCGGCGUCACCGUCACUGCGCCGAAGCCGUCCGCGACAGGCUAUGGAGUCAUCGGACCAGACGGCACCCCGAACCAGGUCAUCACCCCUGGGUGGGGUGGCCCCGUCGCGCCAGGACAGAUAGUGUGCGCGGCAGGCGUGUACAGCGCCACCAACAGAUGCUGCGCUGCACUCAACGGCGCGCUGUGGGUGCCCACCAACGACCCCUCCUACAGCCGCCCACAACCAAUGUGCCUCUUCUUCACGAACACGACGACCGCCAACGCCACCCGAGAGUCGUUCGUUACGUGCGUUUUCAACGCUGGUAGCGAGGGGAACCGCAGCAUUGCUAUGUGUGUCGACGGAUCGAAGAACGGGUCGAAGUCUGCCGCGCCGAGGUCUGCCGCGUCGAGGAGGAGGACCGCGCUGGGCUUGCUGGGGCUGGUUGUCCAGGGGCCGAAGUGGAAGGACCCGCUGCUCGAUUGGCAGACAGUGUGCGCCACGAACAUGUACAACAUCACCGACCUGUGCUGUGCGCAGCAGGACGGGUCGGUGUGGGCGGACAACUCGACGAUACUCGUCGGCGCAGGGCAGCACAGCUGCAUGAUCAACACGACGACCGAGGAUACCGCCAAAGCGGCACGCGACGCGUUUAUCAACUGCGUUGGCAAGACACCGGGUGGUGGGUCCGUCAUAAUGUGCGGGAGCAACGACCCGAAGAACAAGUCUGGUGGCAGGCGCACGGCGACAAUGGGCAUCGCUGCACUCGUGUGGGUCGCUGCUGGGUGCGUGCUUGUCUUGUAG